UAGAUUGAAAUGUAUUUUACAGUGAAAAAUUUAUAAAGUUGAUUCAAUAGCACCUUCAUAGCCUUAUUUAUAAAUAUAACCUAAAAAUUUAUAGCUAACGAGUGUUUAAAAAGAAUAUGAUUGAUGAGCGUAAUUUUCGAUCUUCUUAUUAUGAAAAGGUGGGAUUUCGAAGUGUUGAAGAAAAGAAAUCUUUGGAAAUGUUAUUACGAGAUCGACCUUUUGAUAAAGCCAAAUUAAAACAAUUUUGCUUGAGAUUCACUGUACCAGUAAUGUAUAGAAAUUUAUUAUGGAAAAUUUUACUGGGUAUAAUUCCUGUAUAUGAAGAAAGCCAUAAUUUCGUGAUGACUCAACGAACAUCUGAAUUUAAUGAUUUGAGAAAAGCAUUAAGAGAUACAAAAAUUACUGAUGAUUCAACAAAACAUUAUCAAAUGUUUUUAAUGAUGUGGCUUUUAAGAAAUAGAACAGCCAAAAUUGACAUCAGCUCUCAAUUGGAAACUCAAUUAUUAAAAGCCAUGAGUAAAAUGGCAGAAAGUCUUUGGAAUAUCAGUGUUGUGGAUCAGGAACAAGAAAAACUUGUGGAAGUAUAUUGGAUUCUCAGUGGUUUUUUGGAUCAAAUACAGAAAUUUAGUGGUGAAGUAGGCCGAUUACAAGAAUGUACUUGCUCAAUGUUGGAGCGAGAGGAUAAUGAGCUUUAUAAUCAUUUAAUAAGCAUAGAAUCUAUGCAAACAUUACCUUUUGAGUUUUGGUAUCACUCGUGUUUUGCUGGUACUAUAAGUAAUGGCUCAAUAACCAAAAUAUGGGAUAAAAUUGCAGUUGGUGCUUAUAGAAUUUUAGUUUUUGUUACAAUUGUGAUGUUAACUACAUUAAGACGAUGUAUCUUACGUUGUGAAAAUUUAGAGAAAGUCAUAGAGACUAUCAAUAACAUAACGGAAGAAGUUUCAGAAGUAAUAGUAAACAAAGCCAUAGAGGGUUGGCAACAAAGUGGUUCAAUAAUGAUAACUUCACAAAAUCCAUCACCUCAUGUACAAAGUUCGUGAAAAAAUCUGUUUAAUUUACUGUGAUAAUAUUACUGCAAAAUAUAUUGUACAUAAUUUUUAUGCUUCAAAGCUUUA